AUGGCUUCAACCGCAGCCCGCGCUGAAGAAACGGCAGUCGAGGCAGAAAGUGAACAUGUCUCACUCGACGCUCAGGGCGAUACGGUGUUGGUCGUUGGAAAUUACAGAAUCAAGGUCUUUUCCACCAUGCUCGCGCUCGUUUCUCCAGUGUUCCGAGCCAUGCUCGGGCCCCAUUUUCGAGAAGGGUCUCAGUCGCGGAACGCCGCCAAUCCGCUGGAAGUUCACCUGCCAGAGGAUGAACCCGACGCAACACUCAUCAUGUGUCACCUGAUCUAUCAUAAAAAAGGCAAAGAAGUCUUCUCAGACUGUACGCUACUUCCUGAGAAGCUGUACCGCUUGCUGAAAGUGAUCGACAAAUACCAAUGCCUGGAAUCGCUGUGGUUGUCGGUACGCGCACUGGUGUCGGCCGAGCUCGCCCGAGAUGCCACUUUCUGGGAGACCUCGAUACUACACGUUGCUAUCGCCUACCUUGUGGAUGAUGCAUGGAACUUCAAGCUUGCCACAAAGUAUCUCGUUACUCAAUUCGAAGGUACAGCGAUGUUCUCCGAGGUCCAGAAAUACGAGGGCGGCGACAUUAUUCCUCUCAAUGCGCUGCUUGCCAUGAGUGAGAUCCGACAAAGCGCCAGACACGAGCUUUCGAAAGGGCUUUCGAGAUUUGCGGAUUACAAGCGACGACGGAUGAGCGACUUUGGAACGGACGCGCUUGAGAAAUGGAGUGGGCUUGGCGGCGAAUCGCUGAAUUUCACCAUGAGUGUGCUGGAAACUUACGAAACGAUCCCUGCGAUAUCAAACGUAGCAAUAAAGGUCGACGAGCUGUGCGGUGGGCUGUGCUUGAAGUGCGUGAAGCAGGGACUGGUCGACAUCAGUUCGGGAAUGUGCAAGAACGGCCAUGAGGAAGGCUAA